AUGGGUGCCGCAGCGCCCAAGUGUCGUCUUUGCCAACACGGAGGCGAUGAGGAGAGAGCGGGAGGGCUGCUCGAUCUUCCAGGUGUGCAGGUGAUGCCUGAUCAAGACAUAACACCGACCUACGCAACCAGCGAUGCCUCUGAGCCUGGCUCCCCGAGCUCACCGCUCUCUCCGCGCUCUUCGAUUGGACGGUCGCGGAAAGCGUCGUCGGCCGCAGGCGCAGAGACAGACCAAGAGAUGUGGUCCGGCGCCGAAGAUGAUGUCGACCAGGACGACUUCGACUGGAAGAAGUUUGUGUCGCCAAUGCUUGGGAUCAAGGCGAACGACGCCGAGCUGCAGGAGAUCUCGGCGCGGGUGGGAGGCGACUUCGAGGUGCUCCGUGACAUCGAGCAAGAGGAGUUGAACCGAGAAGAACUUCGCGUCGAGCGCGUCUCAAAGGUCGUCAAUCCGGUGCCUGCCAAGCGCAUCGAUACCGAGCGGAUGGUGCGCGCAAGCAUCCGACACAUGCAGGACGCUCGUGGAUUCACCACAGAGGCGCUGGCUGAGGAGGUUGCCAAGCUCCAAUGUGCAGAAGCUCAGGACGGCGACAAAAAUGACGAUGGCAACGAAGCGACAGCAGCCUACAACACCAAGCUGAACAAGCACAUCUCCCGCGCCAUCGUACCCUGCCUGCAUGCUGCCACUGUCACUGUCAUCGGGGAUGGAGUCAUGGUAACCUAG